AUGUCAUCUACAACAAUCGACAACACUCGUUACCGUCAUGGAUGUAUGGGCCCAGGACCAAAACUAUUUAAUGGUUUUAUAGGCAAUUUAUUUCGUAAAAUAGCCUCUAAACCGCAUAAAUCUGAUGAAACUCAAGAAACAACUAACGAUCCUUCCUUAACAAAUUCACACGCAACAAAUUCUAUUACAAACCACAAAACAUAUAAUGUGGGAAUACGAGCACCGAACAAAGCAAAG